UGCUAUGACGUCGUAAAGCUAUCCAAUAUGGCGGCUGCAGCAAUGACAGGUCGUGGCGUUGCCCUCAUUAGGAAUAUAGCGGGGUCGCUGCACUCGAGGUUGCAGAUCCUGGGUGGUGCAUCACAGCAGCUGUCUUGUCUCCACACAAGCGUUUCAUUAGAUUCCAAACAUUGGGAGAAGAGUAACCGCAAAGUAUAUCCUCCUCAGUUGCCAGAGGAGCCUCGCAGGCCUGCAGAAGUUUAUCACAGCAGGAGGCAAAUCAAGUACAGCAAAGACAAGAUGUGGUAUUUAGCCAAAAUGAUUCGGGGAAUGAGCAUCGACGAAGCUAUUGCACAGCUGGAAUUCAACGACAAGAAAGGAGCGAAGAUAAUGAAAGAGGUCCUUCUUGAAGCUCAAGAGAUGGCGGUCAAGAAUCACAAUGUGGAGUAUAAAUCCAACCUCUACGUAGCUGAGUCGUUCUCCGGCAAAGGGAAGUACCUGAAGAGGAUCCGCUACCACGGCAGAGGCAUGUUUGGCAUCAUGGACAGAGUUUAUUGUCACUACUUCGUCAAGCUAGUCGAGGGUGUGCCGCCCAAACCGGAGCAGAGCACCAGCUUUGAUCAGGCCAAAGAGUACGUCCAGGGCCUGAGGAACCGGACCAUCAUCCACAGCCUGUAGAUCACUCAGCCUUUCUGUGUUGUGUUUCAGUUGAUAUCUGUAAAUAAAUAAAAAUGAAUUCAAAGACGUU